ACAGUCUUAGGUAGCUGUGACUUUUGUCAUUGCAUUAUUUUAUAUAGAAUAUUUCUCUGUGACAAAACAGUAAAGGCGAGCAUAAAUUUUUACAUGUUGUUGCCCAUUUUCAUUGGAUUUGAAAAGAAACAUGAAAGAAAGCAAGAAGAAAGUAACAUAGUUCUUCAGUUUCCUAUUGUUUAAGACAACAAUUAAGUUCAGGCAUUGGUUUUGUUUUGCUCUCUUAUCUUCCUCGGUCUUUGUAGGAAAUGCGGUCACUUGUUUUGUCCUUGUAGCGUAGUACCAUUCCCCAAAGGUUUUAAAGAAGAAAGAAGGAAGCUUUCUUAAAGCUGAAGCUUGUUAGAUUGAAAUGGGUAUAAGCAGACCUCAAAAGUCCAGUAAUGGGGUUCCCACCAGAUGGGUUUAUCUCUUCUGCAUUGCCAGUUUCUUCUUGGGAGUUCUUGUUGUUAACAGGUUUUGGGAUUUUCCUGAUCCAGCAAAAAUGGAUGAUGAAGCUUCAUCUCUGAAGAAGGAUCAAAUAACUGCAGAUCAUCCCACAGUUAAUUGUGAGAAGCAGGAAACUGCUGUUCGGGCAGGAGAUAUCCUGUCUCGGGUUUCUCAAACUCAUGAUGUGAUCAUGACACUAGACAAAACAAUUUCCUCAUUGGAGAUGCAGCUAGCUUCAGCAAGAGCUGCAAAAGUUAUCAAUGAGGAUGGAUCUCCUAUGGUCACAAAAUCAGGAACCGAGCAUUUGAAGGAGCGAGCAAAGGUUUUCUUUGUUAUGGGAAUAAUUACUGCAUUCAGCAGCAGGAAGCGAAGGGACUCGAUUAGAGAAACCUGGAUGCCCAAAGGAGAGGAGUUAAAAAGGUUGGAAACAGAGAAGGGUAUUAUAAUACGGUUUGUUAUAGGACACAGUGCAUCUCCAGGUGGUGUUUUGGACCGUGCUAUUGAAGCAGAAGAUGAUCAACACAAGGAUUUCCUGAGACUGAAUCAUGUAGAAGGUUAUCAUGAAUUAUCGUCGAAAACACAAAUAUAUUUUUCAACAGCUGUUGCUAAGUGGGAUGCUGACUUCUAUAUUAAAGUUGAUGACGAUGUGCACAUAAAUCUUGGCAUGGUCGGAUCUACCUUGGCCCGUCAUAGAUCAAAGCCUCGUGUUUAUAUUGGUUGUAUGAAGUCUGGACCUGUACUAGCACAGACAGGAGUCAAGUACCAUGAGCCAGAAUAUUGGAAAUUUGGUGAGGAGGGGAACAAGUAUUUUCGGCAUGCAACUGGGCAAAUAUAUGCAAUUUCUAAAGACUUGGCCACCUAUAUCUCAGUAAAUCGACACAUACUUCAUAGAUAUGCAAAUGAAGAUGUUUCUCUGGGUUCUUGGUUUAUUGGUCUUGAUGUUGAGCAUAUUGAUGAUCGAAGCCUCUGCUGCGGGACUGCACCUGAUUGCGAGUGGAAAGCCCAGGCAGGUAAUCCUUGUGCUGCAUCGUUUGAUUGGAGCUGCAGUGGCAUUUGUAAGUCAGUGGAAAGAAUGGAGGAAGUACACCAGCGAUGUGGGGAAGGUGGGGGAGCAAUCUGGCAUACAAGUUUCUGAAACUUUUCCUCUUGUAAUAUAGUUUUUGUGUGUGAUUUAAGCUGUUGGUUCAGACAACACCAUCUGCCCGAUUUUUGCUGUCGAUGCCUCGGACAUUUGGUGCAUGAUUAAAUUAAUUACUUCACAUACAGAUUAUCAAGCCGAGAAAAGAAAUAUGGUGUAGUUCCAAAGAUU